UAGCGCGCGAAGGCUACCCGCGCUUUGUUCUUAUAUUUCCCUCUAUCAUCAUUCAAUCCCACACUCUAUCUAUAGACUAUGCAGGUCACCGCCGCGCUCCCACCGGCCCAUGGCGGAGACGCCGCCACUGACGGCAAGCGUGGCAAAAGGCGUGGCAGUUACAACUGUGGUCGCUGUGGUCUUCCCAAAAAAGGUCACAACUGCACCAUCAAGACUCCUGUGUCUGCUUCCAUCACUACUGCCCCUCCUGAUUCUUCUCUCUCCGUUGUAUCCGUUCCUUCCUCUGCUGCAUCUGGCCUCCGGCAUCCUUCCUCUAGUCUCCGUCGCGCUCUGUCGUUUGACGAUCUUGAUGAAGGCGGUUCUGGAUUCGAUCCGUCCGAACAGGAAGAAAGAGUGGAUGCAGAUUUGUUUUCUGAAACCGAUCCUGAUCUGGAUCUGGAUGCGGAGUCGUGUGGACUGCCGGUGAAUCUUCUGUGGGAUGUGAUGAGGAGGCUGCCGCCGGCGGGGCUGCUGUCCGCCGCGAAGGUGUGCCGUGGGUGGAGGGAGACGGCGAAGAGGAUAUGGAGAGCGGCUGAGGAGUUGAAACUUAGGGUUCCCGUCAACGUUACAGUUGGGUUUGUUGCCUCGAUGUUGCAGAAAUGUCCUGGGAUUGUGAGACUCUCGCUUAGAAUGGAGAGUGAUUUUGAUUCAACUAUGCUGGCUUGCGUCGCUUUUUCAUGUCCUAAUCUUGAGAGUAUGGAAAUCUCCACAUUCGAUGCUGCAACCAUUAGGAUUAAUGGGGAUGAACUAGGCCGGUUUGUUGCUGAUAAAAAAAGUCUCAAAAGCCUCAAGAUGGAAGGAUGUUCUAACUUGGGGUGUUUUUUCCUCUGUUCGUCAAGUCUUUCUACACUCUGGCUAUCAGAUUUGCACUCUCUGUCUAAAAUGGUAUUUAAUUGUCCCCAAUUGAGGGAGAUUUCCUUGGAGUUUUCUUGCCAAGAAAAUGAUAGUACAGAUCUCACCACUAUGAUUGAAGGCUUGGGGAGAAGUUGCCCGAGAUUGCAAAACAUACAUAUAGCUUCAGAACGGCUUUCACACUCUGCUGUGCUAGCUCUUACUGCUGCUCAGUUGAGGGGGCUGCGAAUGCUUUCUCUUGUUCUUGGGUCUGAAAUCACUGAUGCAUCUGUUGCUGCAAUUUCCUCAAGCUAUCCAAAUCUUGAACUGCUUGAUCUCAGUGGAUCUAGUGUUAGUGACAGUGGCAUUAGUAUGAUUUGCAAUGUGUUCCCUGAUACCCUGAAAAGACUCCUUCUUGCUGUUUGCCCCAACGUGACUUCAAGUGGUAUUCAGUUUGCGACAUUUCAGUUGCCGCUCCUUGAAAUCAUGGACUGUGGCAUGACCAUAUGUGAUCCUAAUUUGCAAAAUCCAGCUGCUGACGAAAACAACUGCAAAUUACAGAAAACAUCUGUCUCUAAUGUACACCUUAUAAACCAGAAACUAAUUAUCAAACACAGCCGUUUAAGGAAACUCAGUUUCUGGGGCUGCACAGGCUUAGACGCCCUGUAUUUAAACUGCCCACGACUCAUUGAUCUGAAUCUGAAUUCUUGUACAAAUUUGCAUCCAGGAAGACUUUUGCUCCAGUGCCCCACUUUGGAAAAUGUGCAUGCAUCAGGUUGUCAGGAUAUGUUAAUAGGCGCCAUACAGAGUCAGGUUCGCGAUGCUUCUUAUGCUGCUACGGAAAACCAUUCACCUUCUAAACGUCUACCUGAUGGCUCCAAAAGGGUUCAGGUUCCACAUUUACUCAGCGAGGAGUCCCCUGAACCUGAAAAAAAACGGAGGAGGAUCGAUAGACAGCAUUGUAAUGUGCUUCGGGGCUGAUAAUUGUAUUUCCUUCAACUGAUUCUCUAAUGUAUACAUGUGCAAUGAGUUAUUAUUUAAAUUCUAGAUUCAUUAUGCAUCCUUAGUUAUAUAAAUUUUCAUGUUAGCCGUUGGCGCCUAGAACUGUCUUACAAGACAAUUGUUGUAUGAUAUUUGCAUGACUGUCUCAUAUUGUAAUAAAGUUAAACACUAUUUUUUAUGAAGUUUUUCCAGUCA